CAACGGCAACAUGAGCCAAGUUGCUGCCGCCAGCCACCAGCCGGGCGCACACAACCAGCAACGUUCCUUUUCAAAAAGUCAAUUGCUGUUCAAAGGGAUUAGCCUUUCUUCCACUUCAGUCACUCCAGACACCUUCGCUCAGGCACCUGUGUAUCGGCAUGAGGCUAUUACAACUGCUAACGGUAAUAAUAGCCAAACGUUGCACAAUUUUAUAUACAGAUAUACAAUUCAAAUGGUUGCUUGUUGCGGUUGCAAUCAUGAGAAUACUUUCCAAGAUAAAUUAUUUUCUAAAGAUACUGUAUUUUUUCACUUAAAUUUUGUGUACAUGCAUAUGUAUGUAUGUUUAAAUAUAUAA